GGUCUAGAUUAUGGGUGCUUUCUUUACUGUAUAUAAACCCCAGGCAGGAGCUGAAAAGAGUGGAAGACGCAAACAUGAUGAAAUUUGUGGUCCUCGCCGUUCUGGUUGUUGGAGUUUAUGGGUGUGGUUUGCCCACCUUUCCUCCCAUUCUGAAGAGGGUUGUGGGUGGUGAGGAUGUCCGUCCCCACAGCUGGCCCUGGCAGAUCUCCCUCCAGUAUACCAGCAGUGGCAACUGGUACCACACUUGUGGAGGAACUCUGAUCUCUGACCAGUGGGUUCUGACCGCUGCUCACUGCAUUAGCAAGACUAGAACCUACAGAGUCAACCUUGGCAAACACAGCCUGAAGUUGGAAGAGGAUGGUUCUCUGGCAAUUGCGGCUGGCAAGAUUAUCGUCCAUGAGAAGUGGAAUUCUUUGUUUAUCCGUAAUGACAUCGCCCUGGUGAAACUGGAGACCCCUGUUUCUUCCACUGACACCAUCACACCUGCAUGUCUUCCUGAGGAUGGUUUUAUUCUGCCCAAUGAUGCUCCCUGCUAUGUCACUGGCUGGGGACGCAUGAAGACUGGAGGCCCCAUUGCUGAUGUCCUGCAACAGGCUCUGCUCCCUGUGGUUGACUUUGCUACCUGCACUAAACCUGACUGGUGGGGAAGUCAAGUUAAGGACACCAUGGUCUGUGCUGGAGGAGAUGGCAUUGUGUCUGGCUGCAAUGGUGAUUCUGGUGGCCCCCUGAACUGCCAGAAUGCUGAUGGUGCCUGGGAAGUCCAUGGUAUUGUGAGCUUUGGCUCUGGCCUGAGCUGCAACUACCUCAAGAAGCCCACAGUCUUCACUCAAGUCAGCUCCUACAUCAACUGGAUCAGCACUACUAUGGCCAGCAAUUAAGGACAGCCUGGAUGACUUAAAGUCUUUUUCUGCAUGGCAAAGAAUUAAACAUCUGUUUUAAAAUGA